CACAAAGGAGGAUGAAGCUGUGAAGAGAAAGAACAACGCGGCAGGUUUCAUGAACACAAUCUCUUUUGCUCUCACAUUUAUCGGUAGUUAGCCAGUUGGCAGUGGGCUUGUGGCAGCCUUGCUAUGGCUGUUGUGAUCAGGCUGCAGGGUCUGCCCAUAGUGGCAGGCACCAUGGACAUCAGACACUUCUUCUCUGGCCUCACCAUCCCCGACGGCGGCGUGCACAUUGUGGGCGGGGAGCACGGCGAGGCCUUCAUCGUGUUCGCCACCGAUGAAGACGCCCGUCUGGGAAUGAUGCGCACGGGCGGGGCCAUCAAGACCAACAAGGUGUCCCUGUUGCUCAGCAGCAAGACGGAGAUGCAGAACAUGAUUGAGCUCAGCCGGCGCCGCUUCGAGACGGGCUCGGCGGCGGCCGAGGCGCCGGCGGUGGCGGCCGCCGGUCGGCAGGGCGCCGGCGCCGCCGCGUCUCAGGCGUCCGUUGUGGGGAGGAGUGGUGGCCACGGUAACCAAGGGUUCGGUAACGCCCAGCCCUCUGUGACCACAGCCAGCUCCCACCAGGAGCAGCACGGCAACAAGGUCCACCCCAGCCACCCCAAUUUACCCCCCAGCUUCGCCAACAGCUAUAGCUCCGGCCCCGGCCUCGCCGGGGGCCCGCCUCCCAUCCCCCCCCUGCCGGCGCUCCCCUCCAUGCCUGGCCCUCCCCCGUCUUCAGCCCUCCCCCCGGUGCCCACGGCCUCCCCUCUCCCCCACAUGUCCCACCUCCCCCACAUGUCCUCCCUGCCUCCCUUCAACCCCUCCCUGCCUCCCCCCGGAGGCCUGGCCUCCGCCCUGGCCCUGGGGCCUCCCAACCCCAUGCUCUUCAGCCCGCUGAACCCCCUGAACCCGCUGGCCUCCCUGGGCCUCCACAUGAAGGCGGCGGCGGCGGCGGCGGCGGCCGGGGUGGUGCCGGGCGGCGGCGGCGGCGGCCUCCUCGCCAGCCCCGACGAGCUCUUCGUGCUGCUGCAGAACCUCCCCUUCACCUCCUCGGAGCUGGAGGUGAGGGAGAUGUUCCGGGGCCUGGGGGUGGAGGCGGUGAGGCUCCUGAGGGACAACCAGGGCCGGGGCACGGGGCGGGCCAUGGUCAAGUUCUUCUCCCCCCAGGACGGGAUGGAGGUGGUGAAGCGGGGCGGGGGCAUGAUGGGGCAGAGGUACGUGGACGUGUCCCCGGCCACGGAGCGCCAGUGGGUCAGCCUCAACAACCCCAACAACCCCAACAACCCCAACAACCCCAACGCCAACAACCCCAACGCCAAACCCAUCCAGGAAGCUCAGAUUCAGGAGCAUCACCGCGGCAACGUGCCGGCGGGGGGGAGGGAACGCUGCCGGUCCCGCUCUCCACUCCGGCAGGGCGGCAGCGAGUGGUGCGUCUACCUCAAGGGCCUGCCCUACGAGGCGGAGAAGAGGCAGAUCCAGGAGUUCUUCAAGAACCUGUCCCUGGUGGAGGACAGCGUGUACAUCGCCUACGGGCCCAACGGCCGGGCCACCGGGGAGGGCUUCCUGGAGUUCAAGACGGAGCAGGACUACAAGACGGCCCUGAGCAGCCACAUGCAGUACAUGGGCAGCCGCUUCAUCCAGGUGCACCCCAUCAACAGGAAGGGCAUGCUGGAGAAGAUCGACUCCAUCCGCAAGCGCUCGGGCGUCCCGGGCGGCGACGGCAAGACCCCGGAGGUCUCCAAGUCGCCCCGGAACUGCGCCCACAUCACCAACAUCCCCUACAACGUCUCCAAGAAGGACGUCCGCGCCUUCCUGGACGGCGUGGGCGUCUACGAGGACAGCCUGAAGGUGCUGUCGGAUAACCACGGCAACGGGCUGGGCCAGGCCGUCUUCCAGCUGCGCACGGAGGAGGACGCCCGCAAGGCGGAGCGGCUCCACCGGCAGAAGCUGAACGGGCGCGACGCCUUCGUGCACCUGGUGACCUACGAGCAGAUGAAGGACAUCGAGAGGAACCCCCCGCCGCAGAACAAACGCGGCCAGCGGAACCAGAGCCAGCCCGGCCAGCAGCAGCAGCAGCAGCAGCCCAGCCCCCAGCAGAACCUGCCCAGCCCCCACCAGGCCCACCAGAUCAACCCCUUUGCCGGCAUGAGCGGGGAGGAGUUUAACUUCCUGAGGAGCACCAUGGGCAGCCUGGGUAGCGCCCCCUUCGUCUCGCCGUUCGCCAACCCGGGGAACGGCCUGGUGGGGCCCCCGCCCCUGCCCCCCCUGGCCGCGGGACUGGCGGUCACCCCCCCACUGGUGGCCGGCCUGCCUGGGGGUCCCGGGGGCCCCAUCCUGGAGCCGCCUGGCUUCCGGCCCGGGGCCCCUGGAGGCCACGGCCUGGGCCCCGAGGCCCUGAGGGCCCUGGCUCCGUUCGACGGCGGCAACAGGAAGCCGACCGGCGUGCCGGGUCGUGGCGCCGGGGGCAACAAUAACCAGAACCGCCAAGGAGGUGGCGGCGGCGGCGGCAACAACAACAAUAACAACGGACAACAAAACUUUGGCCCGGAAGGCCUGAGGAACCAACAGCAACAGGCUCCCGGGAACCCGGGGAACCAGCGGCCCGGGUGCCCCUCCAUCGUGAAGCUCCAGAACAUGCCCUUCACGGUGACCGUGGACGAGAUCAUGGACUUCUUCUACGGCUACCAGGUGCUGCCCGGCUCGGUGUGCCUCCAGCUGGGGGAGAAGGGCCUGCCCACUGGGGAGGCCAUGGUGGCCUUCCACAACCACCAGGAGGCCAGCUCCGCUGUGCUGGACCUCAACGACCGGCCCAUCGGCGCCCGCAAGGUCAAGGUGACCCUGGGAUGAACACGACCUCCGACCCCUGAGUCUCUCCGCGUGUCUCCCUGUGUUCAUAGGUCAGAAUCCCCCCCCCCCUCCCCGUCUCCAGAAGCACAAAACUAACCCGACUCUUCUGGUUGAUAAGCAGCACUAAAAUAUGACGAUGAUGAUGAUGAUAACUUGUCUCUUGCUUAGAGCUCAAAAGUGAUGAUGAUGAUCUUGCUGAUGUUGAUAACCUGUCUCUUGCUUAGAGGUCAGAUGUGAUGAUGAUGUUGAUAACUUGUCUCUUGCUUAGAGCUCAAAUGUGAUGAUGAUGAUGAUGGUGACAACUCGUCUCUUGCUUAGAGCUGAAAGAUGAUGAUGAUGUUGAUGAUGAUGAUGAUGAUGAUGAUGAUGGGAACACCUUGUCUCUUGCAAAGAGCGGAAUUGUGAUGAAGAUGGUUUCGUUUAGUUUUUUAAGAGCACCAAAAUCUUUCCAGCUUCAUUGAAACUCAUCUGGGACCGGCGUCGCCGACUGUAAACCGUUGGUUUGUUGCAGAGUUGAGUUUGUUGUGUUUUAUUAACCUGCUAUGAUGCUAUGAACGUGAUGUCUGUUUGCUAGUGAUGAAAUCAUCAUAAAUCAUAUUGAUGGUUUAUAAAAUGACACAGCCAGUGAAAUUGUUUUCUUAUCGUUUAUAAUGGUGUGCACUGCAUUGCGUCUACAACAGAGUUGUCCGUUGAUCAAGGCUGUGUCUUAGACUUUACUCACUGUUGAUUAAACAAGUUCUCUACAGGCAAUACCAUCCUUAUUUUAAAAGACGGAACAGGGUCUGCGAUGGUUUGCAUCCACCUGUGAGACUGGCCAUGUUGACAAUAAGAAAAGCAUAAUUCCACUGUUUGUCCUUCUGUGCUCUACACCUGAGAUGCUUUCACUAUUUUAUCCUCUUUCUCUCGAUAUCUUUCCCUCUCUUUUUGCUGGGACUGCUAACUUCGCCACUCUUCACUUCCUACUGUUGGUCGCCGUGUUGCGCUGGGACGGUCCCCUUAUGAUGAUGUCUUUUUUGAGCUGGGACUGCCCCCUAAUGAUGUCAUGAUCACUCUGCAGCUUGGGAUGAUGAUGAUGAUGUUGAUGAAGAUAUAAACCUCUCGGCACAAAAAGGUUUUGUGUGCUGAGAUGAAUGUUUGUUUUGAUCUUUUUUAGUUUCUUGGAGAAAGUGUUUCUAUGUCUGCCUAUGUA